AUGGUGAAUUCAAAGGCGUUUUAUACGGGGUGGGAGGAGGUGGUGUUAUCGAACGAGAAGGGGCGGCGGGAAGUGCACUAUUACCUUAAACGGAGCGGUGUCAGCGGGGCAGAUCUUGUCGUGGUCGGAAAGGAGAAGAACCUUAGGCACAUGUCUUAUUAUUACGAGAUUAAAGAUAACAAGUCCUUGCUUUCGACCUUGAAGUGCUCCUCUCUCUUGAAGCUACGCACUAGAAGAGAGGUCAUCAAUUGGCUAAAUACAAUCGUUCCAGAUGUACACCCACGACCUUCCUAUCAAUUUGACAGUUUAAUGCUAAGCAAAGAUAGUCACAAGUUGGAUACUGAUAUUAUCAAGGAUGUUCAAAUGUGGAAGCCGGGUCACAAGGCAGAGUUUUUGUGGUUAGGUUCGCCAUGGAGUUGCAGAAAAAGGCGCAGACACUAUGAGUCCUUUUGCCGCAAUGGUGUGAAAAUAUCUGUUCAUGAAUUUGUGUAUGUGUUGGCUGAAGAAGGUAAACGCCUUGUUGCUUACUUAGAUGAUAUGUAUGAGGACUCCCGAGGCAACAAGAUGGUUGUGAUAUUAGCAUCGAAUGCAUAG